AUGGAAGAUGGUCCUGUUUUCUAUGGCUUUAAAAACAUUUUUAUUACAAUGUUUGCUACCUUUUUUUUCUUUAAGCUUUUAAUUAAAGUUUUUUUGGCUCUCCUAACCCAUUUCUAUAUCGUCAAAGGAAAUAGAAAAGAAGCAGCUAGGAUAGCAGAAGAGAUCUAUGGUGGAAUUUCAGACUGCUGGGCUGAUCGAUCCCCACUUCAUGAAGCUGCGGCUCAGGGGCGCUUAUUGGCCCUUAAAACUUUAAUUGCACAAGGUGUCAAUGUGAACCUUGUGACAAUUAAUCGGGUUUCUUCUCUCCAUGAAGCAUGCCUUGGAGGUCACGUGGCCUGUGCUAAAGCCUUAUUGGAAAAUGGUGCACACGUCAAUGGAGUGACAGUUCAUGGAGCCACGCCCCUCUUCAAUGCUUGCUGCAGUGGCAGUGCUGCAUGUGUCAACGUUCUGCUGGAGUUUGGAGCCAAGGCCCAGUUCGAAGUACAUCUGGCUUCCCCCAUCCAUGAGGCAGUGAAGAGAGGUCACAGAGAGUGCAUGGAGAUUCUGCUGGCAAAUAAUGUUGACAUUGACCAAGAAGUGCCUCAACUUGGAACUCCUCUGUAUGUGGCCUGCACCUACCAGAGGGUAGACUGUGUGAAGAAACUUCUAGAAUUGGGAGCCAGUGUGGACCACGGCCAAUGGCUGGACGCCCCCCUCCAUGCCGCAGCAAGGCAAACCAGUGUGGAAGUCAUCCACCUGCUAACUGACUAUGGGGCUAGUCUGAAGCACAGAAAUGCUCAGGGCAAAAGUGCCCUUGACCUGGCGGCUCCGAAAAGCCCCGUGGAGCAGGCGCUCCUGCUCCGUGAAGGCCCGCCUACUCUUUCCCAGCUCUGCCGCCUGUGUGUCCGGAAGUGCCUGGGUCGAAUAUGUCAUCAAGUCAUCCACAAGCUGUGUCUACCGGAGCCACUCGAAAAAUUUCUCCUAUAUCAAUAG